AUGCUCCAUCUGUAUUUGUUAAAAGAUGACAUCUCCAAGACUCUACAGAACAUCCUGAACUAUGAUGAAGAACUCGGACAUAAUGGAGACUCAAUGGAUGAAGAAACUGUCAUCAGAGUUCAUUUAGAUGUCACUCAGUGUCUGAAUGCUGUUAUUCAGGGUUCUAAGCAAUUUAGUCACACGCUGAUGUAUACGACACAAACACUCUGCCUUAAAGAGCUUCAUCAGUUUGUUCAGGAGUAUGUGUAUGUAGAGAAAGAACGCCUGGAAAAACAGCAACACCUGAAGAAAAAUUCUGUGCAUCUGUUUCGGCUCAUCAGCACCUGUAGACAACUCAGAUUUUUUGCUCCUGAACUCAAUCCGGACAUGAACAACGGUGACGACCUCUCAAACAUCACUCACAUGUUAAAGGAGAUGGAGGAUCACGUUCUGUCUAUUGUACAGGAGAUGAUGAAACACGUAGCACAGGCCUUUUUAAGACAUUAUUUCAAAAAAGGAGGUGAGCAAAUUCAAGGGCUGACAGAGGCAAUCAAAAAGCAGUGUGCAUCUCUGCCUCAGACUGAUGAGGGGAAAGAGAUUCAGGAGAUCUUUGUGAAUGUAUCCUAUGACUGUGUUUCACACGUGUAUCUGGAUUGCCUGAUGAAGAGCAAGUUCAGACGGCUAGAGAGGAGAUGGGGAAAUGUUGAAGGAAGGAUACGCAAAGACGUUCUCAGUUUCACUGAACUGAAUGGCACUGAUGACCAGAAGAACCAUCUCCUUCGAAAACUCAGUGAAGUUUUGCUUUGCAGCGAUGUAGAAGCACUGAAGAUUACCUGUUGUGAUUUGUUCAAAAAUUUCCCUCAGGACAGUGAGCGGUAUGUACCUGGUCUGCUGCGCUGGAAGGGGAUGCUAUCAGAGCGACAGAUGAGGGAAGUACUGGAUCUGAGCCGGGAGUUCGGCCUCGAACUAAAGCCUAGACGCGGCACCUGUCAGCCUCUGAAGGGACUUUGCUGUUGUCUUUGAUAUGAAUAACACCAUCAGCCAGAAUUGUGAAAAUCUUUGUUUACAAGUUCAAUUCAAUGGCAUGACUGUUUUGUAACAUUCGUUAUGAAUGUUAGUAGCUUUAUAUAUGUAUAUUUAUAUUUUUAUCAGAUACAGUAUUUGUUUGUAUCUAAUUUUGAUUUUACUUGAAAAUCUGGACCACUGGAGAAACAUUAAUUACCUUUUUGGUAUGUCAUUUCUAUGAUAGUAUUAAUUUCAGAGUUAUUCAUUAUGACUGUUUCCGUUUACAUUGUUACAAAAUUGGGUAACACUUUAAGGUGUCCUUAUUACAUGUUACAUGUACUUACUAUUAUAAUAACAAUAAUGUAUGCAUAAUUACAUGCAAGUUACCCUAAAACCAAACCCUAAUCCUAACCCUAGUUUUUUAAUAUUAAUAGUUAAUUAAUAUUACUCACUACUUAAAUGUAUAAUUACCCUGUAACAAGGACACCUUAAAAUAAAGUGUAUCCCAAAAUUGUAACAACAU